AUGGUGUGGCAAAGCAUCACGCAAAUUGCGCGAGUGACUGCCCGCGUUCGUGUCAACGGCAAGCGCUUUGCCUCGAUCAAUGGAAAUCAAGUGCGAGCCGGUAUGGCACUUGAAAUUGAUGGCAGGAUCUAUCGCGUGGGCAAAAGUCAACAUGUAAAACCCGGCAAAGGCGGAGCUUACGUUCAAGCGGAGCUGAAGGAGAUAAAAACUGGAUUCAAGAGGAAUUGCCGAUUUCGAGCUGCAGAGACCGUGAAUAAGGCACCACUUGGCCCUGAUGAGCUUUACCAGUUUCUUUACCACAAUGGAAAUUACUUGGUUAUAAUGCACCUAAAAACUUUCGAGCAGAUUGAGAUUGAUCGUAACCUAUUCUCUGGCCGCCAGCUCGAAUUUUUACAAGAUGGUAUGACAUUGUCACUACAAAUCAUCGAAAAUGAUGUGCUAUGGGCAACAAUGCCCGAGCAUGUGACGCUAGAAGUGACGAACACUACUCCGAAGGGUGUGGCAGACACAGCACUGAGCGUCAAGGAUGCGACACUAGAAAAUGGUGCCGUAAUCAAGGUUCCGCUCUUUAUUGAGAUCGGCAACAAAGUCAAAGUGUCCACGGAGGAUGGUACUUAUGUCGAUAAACUGUAA